AUGAAGCUUUCCAAUUUAAUUUUAUUGUCAACUUCUGCUGUUGCCUUUGCUGCUCCAGCUGGUCAUCGUCACCAUGAAAAACGUGAUAUCGUCACCGUUACUGAGUACGUUGACGUCAAUGGUAACUUAAUCGGUUACAGUGACGGUUCUGCAACCACCAUCGCUGCCGCUGCCACCGGUGCUACCAGUGUCACUUCCGCUUCCAAGCCAACUACCACUUUAGUUGGCGAAGCUGUUUCUGUUGCUGCUUCUACUGCCUCUUCCACUACCACUUCUUCCGAGUCUUCAACUACUACCACAUCAGUUUCCACCUCUACUUCUACUUCUAGUAUUUCUGGUGACUUAACCGCUUUCGAAGACCCAACAGUCGAAUUCCAAGAUGGUACAAUCGCCUGUACUGACUUCCCAUCUGGUCAAGGUGUCAUUCCCGUUGACUGGGUUGAUAUGGGUGGUUACACUUCCAUCAUGAACUUUGAUGGUGACACUUCCACCACUUGUCAAGACGGUUACUACUGUUCUUACGCUUGUCAAGCUGGUAUGUCCAAGACCCAAUGGCCAUCUGAACAACCAUCAGAUGGUAGGUCUGUUGGUGGUUUAUACUGUCAAAAUGGUUACCUAUACCGUUCCAACACCGAUACCAACUACUUAUGUGAAUGGGGCCAAGAAUCUGCAUCUGCAGUCAACAACGUCUCAGAAUCCAUUGCCCUAUGUAGAACCGAUUACCCAGGCUCCGAAAAUAUGAACGUCCCAACUUUAGUUGAAGCCGGUUCAUCUCAACCAAUCUCUGUAGUUAACGAAGAUACUUACUACAUGUGGGAAGGUCAGAAAACCUCGACUCAAUAUUAUGUCAACAACGCUGGUGUUUCUGUCGAAGAUGGUUGUAUUUGGGGUACUGAAGGAUCUGGUGUUGGUAACUGGGCUCCAGUCGUUUUAGGUGCUGGUUACACUGACGGUAACACUUACUUAUCCAUCAUUCCAAACCCAAACAACAAGAGCGCUCCAAACUAUAACGUCAAGAUUGUUGCUACCGAUGGUUCUACUAUCAACGGUGACUGUUCUUACGUUGACGGUGUCUUUUCUGGUGACAACUCCGACGGUUGUACUGUCACCGUUACCUCUGGUUCCGCUCAAUUCGUUUUCUAUUAG